AUGUCGGUGACGGAUUUGACCGAACAGCUGGCAAGUACUGAACAGCUGGUAGCACAGCUAAAGGAGCUUGUGAGAGAGAAGGAUGCUGAGCUUCGAAAAAAAGAUCUUCAGUUAAAGGAGGAGAAGGAAUCUGCCGAUGCCAAACUUUCCAAGUUGAAGCUGCAGAACAAAGCCAAGGUUGCAUCGUUAACCUCACAGCUGGAAGAACUUAAGAAACAGUUGUCGGCAUCAGGAGGCUUAGAGGCAAAAGCAGAACAAAAAAAGGCAUCAAAAGACGGUGACCAGGAAAAUGCUGCGGCAAAUCGUGGGAAAAUAUUAGUCCUGAGAAGGAGAAUUGAAGAGCUGGAAUCCCAGAUCACACAAAAAAAUGAAGAGUUACAAAAAAAGAGUGUGGAGCUGGAGGCCCAGCGGUGUCGUGGGGCUGAAAUGGAUGCCAUGCUGGCAGAGAAAGAGAAGAAGUUAGCUGAAAGAGAUGCUUAUAUCAUCGAUUUACAGAUAGCAUGUGGAUCGAGCGGUGUUGCCAGUGAAAUACUCUUGCCCAAUGAAGAAUUGAAGAAUCAACUGGCUGUUAAAGAGUCAUCACUACAAAGCAUGCAGAUUCUGGUUCAGAACCUUACCACGAAGGUUGGAGACAGCGAAGAAAAAUGUAGCUUGUUCCAGGAACAGAUUGAGAGUCUUAAAAAUAUUCAGAACAAAGAAAGAGAGCGUUUCCAAGGAAAAGAAGCUACAUAUAUGGAAAAUGUACGUGUGCUUCAAAGUAUUAUCCAGGAGAAGGAAAAGGAGCUGGAAACGCAGAGAGAAAAGCAUGAGCAGGAGCUCUUUAAAAUAGCAGCUAAAUCUGAUGCAAGUGCUGACCUAGAACAGCUACUCAAGGCCUUGAAACAAAAGCUCCAUGAAAAGGAAGAAGUCAUGCUGGGAAGGACACAGGUGAUAGAUGUCUUGCAAAAAGAACUGGAUGCUAAGGACCAGCAGUUGAAAGAGAUUAAUGAAAACCUGAAACGUCUUCUGUCUGAAAAAGAAAACCUCCAGUCUAAACUGGAUGCUGAGAAACAUGUAAUGAGAGCCCAGUUAAAAGACAUGAUGGAGAAACAUGAGCUUGAAAUGACAAAAGUUAAGGAGAAACACAACGCUGAACUGCAUGAAAUUCAAGAGAAACAUGAAACUGAGCUGCAAGAGAAAGACCAGGCCCUGUUUCAGCUUAAGAAGCAAGUGGCAGAAUUAAGUGGCAGUGGACAGACUAACUCAAAAGAAGUUCGAGAUCUGGAGUCUGUAACCAAAGAGCAGAUGGAGGAUUUAGAAGUGCAAGUGAAAUUGAAAACGGAAGAGUUGUCAUCAAAGAAUAAUGACGUGUCUGCCUUAAACAAUCGUAUCUCAGAAUUAGAAACUGAAAAUGAAGAACUGCAGUCAAAACUGCAAGCGUUGCAUGAAAUCAGAACUCAGAACGAAGAGUUGCUGACUAAGCUGGAACUCUAUGAAGAGCAGCAAAGGAAGUUGCAAGCUGAUCUUGAUCAAGUUACAAAGAGGGCAGCCUCACAGGCCAGUGAAUCAGGUAGCGUGGAUGAGUUGCAGAGUCAGCUCUUGGAAUGGCAAGAAAAUGUACCGGAGUCAGAGGAGUCCCGUGAUCAAGUCAGAGAAGAGAAAUCGGCUAUGGCCUUGAGAAUGGCUCAGAUUGAGGAGGAGAGAGAAGCCAUGGUCUCAGGGCAACAGGAGCUGGAGGAGGAACUGGCCACAGUUCAAGGAAUGGGCAGGCUGCAGCAGGCAAGAAGAAAAAGCGAUCAGACCAGCAGGAAGGUUCAGGAAGAAUACAGCUUUGAUAGAAAACCAUGCUUUCAAGAAUUGAACGUGACCUUGGAUAGCACUGACUCGGCUGAAGGAGAAAACAUGGGAGGUUUACGGAGUGUGGUUGAAGAGUUGGAAUUGGAAAGAAAUCAACUGCAGGAGCAAAUUCUGUUUCUAGAAGAGCGUUGUCAGGAUUUGGAAGAUAGGUUGCAACUGCAAGGUAGAAUGGAGGCUCUUCAGAAUGAAAACGAACGUUUGCAAACUCAGCUCAGCCAGUUACGCAGCCAACAAAUGCGAGAUGUGGAAAAACACCAAAUUCUGAUCUCUGGCUUGAAUGAACAGCUUAAAGGAUUAAGUGACAGAAAUAGCUUCCUUGAAAAUUCACUUGGAGAAAAAGAACAAAAACUGUUAAGCAUGACAGAAAAACUGGAGCAAAUUGAAACUUUGAGGAAACUGCUUCAAGAAAAGGAUCUUCUGAACAAAGAGCUUGGUGAAAAGUUCAUGCAUACUGAGCAAAAACUGAAUGAAGCCUUAAAGAAGUGCAGUGUGUAUGAAGUGGAGAACACUGAGCAGAAAACGGUCAUCAGUGAUCUAACAGAAAAAGUUGCUACGCUGAAGGAAAAGACUUUGAAACAAGAUGGCGUGGUAGAGUCGAUGCAGCUGGAUCUGGACCAGACAAACGAAGAGCUCGACAAAUUGAAUACGAGCCAUUUAGAGGAACGAUCGCAGCUUAUUCAAGAUCUCCAGAAACGUGAAAGAGAAAUUGAUAAUCUUAAAGAAGCACUGGCAGAAAAAGACAGGGAGAUGUCUGUUCUGUCUCUGAAUAUGACAGAAUAUUCGGAACAGGUUAUCAUCUUGAAACAUCAAGUGCAAUGCAAAGAGGAGGAAAUACGAGGGAUGGAAGAGGCUUUAUCAAAGGCUGAAAGGGAAACUCAUUUACUGAAAGAAGUACAAACAGCUGAUGUAAAAGAUGCAAGCGUGAAGAUUUCUGUUCUUUCUGAGCAGAGCAAUGCGUUGAGGCUAGAGCUAGAAAGAGUUAGAGGAGAAAAUGAAGCUAAAACCAAAGAAAAUGAGGAAUUAAUAAGGCAAAACAGUGAGAACAGCGUUAUAAUUAAGGAUCUCCGUUCUGAAAUCAAGGCCAACCAUGCCGCAUACCAUAACAAACUAGCGGAGUGCGAGUCCCAAAUUAAAUUGCUGAAAGAACAAGUUAGUAAAUCGUCUGAAAAGCUACAAGAAACAGAGGAUAAACAGAGAAAAGAAACUGAAUAUUUGAAAUCUCAGCUUGAGGAAAACAGUACUCUAAAGGAAAAAUGGAACAAUUUGCUUAAAGAGAAAGAGAGUAAAACACAGACACUUGAAAAUGAGUUAAAAUCAAUUAAAGAUUUGUACAACAAGCUGGUCUUGGAAAAUACUAAAAAAGAUGAAGAGUUGGCUGAGUUAUCUGGGAAGCUUAUAGAACAUACUGAACUUCAGGAAACAGUUGAAAAAGAGUUACAAGAGAAACAAGAGUUUGUUAUUUCAUUAGAGCAGAAGCUUGAGGUUUUGCAGCAGCAAAAUGAAGAAGCUAAACUUAAAUUAACUGAAGAUCUGAAAGCCAAAGAAACAUGUUGCAAAGAACUUAAUAACCAAUUAAAUGAAAUACGUGAACAAAUUAACAAGAUGGAAAUAGAGGCACAGGAGAAAGCUUCAGCUAAUAAGCAAUUGCAGGCAGAUCUGAAAGGGAAAGAAGGAAAAUUGGCAGAGCAACUAAAAGCAAAUGAAUAUCUAAAAAAAAGUAUAGAUACAGUGGAAAAAGAGAAGGCACAGCUAAUCAGUGAAAAUGAGAAUUUGUCCAAACUCCUGGAUGUAAAAGAAUGUGAAUUGUUAAAGAAAAUCCAGGCUGUGGCAGAAAUAGAGACUAAGUUAUCUGUUAGCACUGCUGAGUACGAAAAAACUCUUUCACUACUAAAUUGUGAUAAAAACUCUCUGGCAAAAGAGAUUGAACAACUUUCAAUGCUUGCUGAGCAAAAGGAAAAUUCAGUUGCGGAACAGCUGCAGGAGAAAACAAAGGAAUGUAAUGCUCUGGCUGAUCAGUUGUCGGAAAGCAAGGAACAGACACAGCAGUUGCAUGAACAAAUGCAAUCACUUGUCAUUCAGCUGAAGGAUAGUAGAGACAAAGAAAUAAAGAAAGAAGAAAUGUUAAAUAAUAAGUUAUCUGAAUGCAAUAGCCUAAUCCAAGAGCUCAGCCAUAGUAAGGAAAAGAGUUUACUACUGCAGGAACAAAUCCAAAACGUAACUUUGGAUUUUGAAGCCGCAAAAAGAUCUCUAGACGAGAAAAUCCUUCAAAAUGAUUCACUGCGUAAGGAAAUGGAAGAAAGUAGGCUUUGUGUUGUACAGUUGCAGGAUGAAAUUAAAAAUCUUAAAGAUGAAAAAACAAAGUUAUCUCAGUUGGUAGAGGAAAGAGACCUGACAGUAAAAAGUCAAGGUUCAGAACUUGAGAAGUUUCAUAGGCAAGUUUCUGAAAAAAUGAAAGAAAGCACAGAAUUAAAUAAUCAGCUACAGCUACUAAGCAAGGAGGUGGAUGUGCUUAGGCAUGAAAAGGAGGACGUUUCGAGCUUAUUGAGUGAGAAGUCACGUGAAUGUGAAGUUCUUCAGUCACAGUUAGUACAGCAACAGUCUGAAAUUACUUUAGCAAGGCAACAGGCACAUACAGCAGCUCUAGAAAAUGAAAAAUUAAAAGUAGACCUUGAAACGGUUAAUGUUACGGAGGCUUUGAUUCAGCAAAUGAAAGAUAGUAAAAUAGCAGGAGAGGGGCAAUAUGUACAAAUCAUUGCUGAUCUGCAGAACCAAGUCAGCCAGCUUAGACAAACGAUGCAGGAAAAAGAAAAUGACUUUAAGAGGCAAACCCAGGAGUUAAAGUUGUUAAAAGAUAAAUCUGAAGAGUCUGAUGUACUUAGGGUUCAACUGUCUGAGAAUAUGGAGGUUAUUUCUGACCUUCAGUAUCAGCUUCGAAAUGCCACAGAAAAGUCAUCCCAGUUGAAUGAUGCGAUUGCACAGAAGGAUGAAUCUUUAAAACAGAAGUUAGAUCAAUACAUCAGUUUAAAAGCCCAACUUUCUGAGGUACAGGAAUCCAGUGUUUUGCAGGAGAAACAGUUGGAGCUUUUAGCCUCUGAGACAGAACGAUUGAAAGUACUUGUGUCAGAAAAAGAAGUAACCGUUAGCAAUAUUUCAAUAUUCAGUGAGAAUUUAAAGAUGCAACUUCAAGAGAAAGAGAAUGAAUGUGAGGUCUUAAAGAAACAGGUGGCGGAGCUGGAGGAAGUGAAAGCGAAUUUCCAAAAAGAAAUAGAACAUCAGAAGAAUGUAAUAACUGAGAUGGACCAGACCUUAUCAGAAAAGGAAUCAUCUCUUACAGAAAAGAAAAGUCUUCUCAAAACUCUUCAGGAGAAAGCAAGGGAAGAGGAAGAGAAAACAAAUUUAAUUUCUCAGCUCCAAAGUCAGGUACAUGAGCUAACACAAGAGCUACAAAAAUCCAAAGAACUAGUCCAUGAGAAAGAAAACUCCUUUUUGUCUCUUCAGGAGAAAAUUGAAGCACAGUAUGAAUUAAGGACUGAGGUAAAUGCGGCGCUUGGGAAGAAAGAAGAAGUUAUUGCUGAACUGCUUCAUUCUUUAAAGGAGAAAGAUGCUGGUAUGCAGGUGGCAGAUAGCAACAUUAAUGUUCUUACUAGUGAGAUUGAGGUUCUCAGAGAAAAAUUAGAGAAAAGUGAUACAGCCCUGAAAAACCUCACUAAAGAAUUCCAGGAAAAGAAUGAGAAGCUUGAUAUUAAUCAGAAGAAAAUGGAUUCUUUGACUGUUGAACUUGACUCUCUUAAAAACGAACACCAGAAAACAUUAAACCAAAUAAGUACGUGGGAAGAACAACUACAGCAAAAAGAAUUGGCUGCGGAGUCUCUGCGUGUGAAGUGCACUGAGCAGGCAGAUAACAUAGCGAGUUUGAAGUUAGAAUUGAGCGACGUAAAUUCCAAAUCUACUCAAGACUGCCAGGACAAUGCUCUGUUAAUCGGUAGUCUGCAGCAUCAGGUAGAGUCUUUACAGAAAGAAAAAUACCUGUUACAAGAAGAUGCUGAUAAACUGACGGCUGAAAACGCACAGCUCGCUGCCUCUCAAAAUCGUUUGCAAAAGGAAUUGGAAGAGCUCCGAGAAAUCAACGAAAAACUAGAAACCAGCGAGAACUAUUCAAGAAAGCAGAUAGAUGCUGUCAAACUGCAGAUGAAGACUGAAACAGAGAAGUUACAGAUGCAGGUUAGUGCGAAGGGUGAAGAACUUUCUAAAUUAGAACUUAAAUUGGAAACUCUAGAACAAAGUCUUCUUGAGUCAGAAAACAAGUGGGUGACAGAACUUGAUGGGGCAGCUUUGCAAAAUAAUAAUCUUACUGAGCACUUGAGCAGUUUAGAAAAUGAAAUGAAAUCAAAGGAUAGCAAAAUCCAGUCUUUGCAGCAAGAGCUGGAUCUAAUGAAAGAGGAAUUAACUCAAAGCUUAUCUCCAUUACUUAGCAGUGGGCUUUUCUGUAAAGAAAAGAAGGCACAGACUUCAGAUUCUGAACUGCAGCUAACUGAUAGUAAAAUUCAGUUGGAAAAAUUCUCCACUCUGGUAACUGCUAUUUUGAGCAAAGAAACAGAAGGAGAACAGCUGCAACUGAUGCUUUUAGAAAAACAGAAAGAAAUAGACUUCCUGAAAGAGGAAUUAACAAGUAUGCAGGUGCUUGAGAAGCAGAAGGAAUCGCUGCAUAACGAUAUCGAAAAGCUGAAGGGCAAAUACAAAUCUGAAAUAGAAUGUCUGGCAGAAGAAAUGGCCACAGUCAAAGAAACGUUUUGUAAACAGCAGCUUCUCUUGCAAGAAAGGGAAGCAUCUUUUGCAGAAAUCAAUAAGCAAGUUGAGUUUCUUCAAGACAAGAUAGAUAAAUCAGAAGAAACAGCAAGAACCAGUCAGGAGAAGCUGCACGUUGAAAGUAAAAAAGUAGCAAAUCUCCUUGAAGAAAUGGGAAAAAAAGAUCAACUCGUUGAAAAUUUAACUUCUCAGGUGAAUCAGCAGAGGGAUUUAAUUUCUGGUUUAAGCCAGCAACUGAAGGAGAAGGACUGUUCCAUAACCCAGAUCAUGGAAUCAUUGUCUAAUGAAAUGCUGAAUUUUUCUGAAGAGAGAAAUACACUAAAUACCAAACUGCAAGACCUUGAAGCUGUUCAGAAGAGUUCUGUAGGAGAACUAAACCGAGUUUUGCAGGAACUUGAGGGUUGUAAGAAAGAACUGGAACACAGUCGGGUUACCUUGAGCGGUCAAGAAGCUGCGUUUAAAGAUUUAAUGAAUGAAAAAGAGGAGGUGCAGUUUAAUCUUGAGAAAAUGGGCAAGGAGAAAGAGAAUCUGAAAAAGAAACUUCAAGCAGCACUUAUUAUAAGGAGAGAUCUCAUGCAGAAGGUUGGAAAGCUAGAGAAGAGUGGACAGGAGGAAAUAGAGAAAGAACAAAAAAAAGCAGAGGAGCUGCUGAAGAAAGUUAAUGAGCUAACAGACAAGCUGAAUCUAGUUGAAGUACAAAAGAAAGAUUUUGAGUCUCAGCUUGGAACUUUGAAACAGCAACUUAUAGAAAAAGAUUCCAAAAUAAGCGAUUUGACUAAAAUUUUGUCUGCAAAAGCCUCUGACUUAGAGAAACUUCAAAACAAUAUUGCAGAACUGAAUGGUGUCAUUGCUGAAAAACAAAAUACGUGUGAGCAAAAGCUUAAAUCUUUAGAGGAGAAGGACUGCAUGCUUGCUCAUAUGCAAUCUAUGCUCGAUGAAAAAGCAAGUGCAUAUGAGGAGGAACGUUCUCAGCUGCUCUUAGCUCUUGAAGAAGUGAAGUCUGAAGCUAAGAAGAAGGAAGAAUUGUUGAAAAAUUCUGGUUCAGAAGAGCUUAAUUUAAGCGCUGGAGAGAGGGAAAAGUGUGUGGAUUCCAAUAGUGACAUUAAUGCCAUGAAUCAAUUAAAAAAAGAAAAAGAAGCCUUAGAGAGAGAGCUUCUGGUCAAGAAAGAAGACCUAAAAAAAUUUCAGAAAGAAAGGGAAGAGUACGCUAAACUCGCAGUGGAUUUUGAUGAACAAAAAAUCUACCUUGAGAAUCUCAAACAAGAACAUAAAGCACUCUGGGAAGUUCUUCAAACAAAACAUGAAGAACUUGACUUUGCAUUAGAAAAGUUGGAAAGAGAAGAAACAGAAAUGGUAAAGAAAGAGUUGAGAAAAAUAUCAGUUGAAUUUGACGAUGAAAGAGAAGAAGUGGUCAAUUUAAACUCUUCAACACAGCAGGAGAAGAGCCAGGAGCAGCGUAAGGAUGGUUUGUUGGAGAGCGUAAAGUGGCUACGGGAAAAGCUGAAAACCUAUGAGGCUGAAGCUAUAGAUGCUAAGACAGCGCUUGAACGUGUGAAUAAUGAGAAAGAAGCACUUAUUAAAAAAAGCCAAGAGGAUUACAGGAUGAGCCAGAAGGAACUGCAGAGAUUGAGAGUUGAAGCUAAGAAGGAGUUUGCAGCAAAGAACGAGGAAAUAGAAGCAUUGCGUUGUUCACUUAAGGAUUUCAAAGAUAAAGUCCAUCUGGAAGAGGAAUUGUUAAAUAAAGCUAUAAAGGAGAGAGAAGCAGCAGCCCACCAUUACCAAACAGCUUUCGAAGAAAUGAAGAGUGAAAAAGAGAAACUUGUCAGCUGUUUGGAAAAGUCCAACUUGGAACUAACUGAUAUGAAAAAGGACGUGAAACAUUUCAGUGAAGAAAACAAAAAACUGCUAAUGGAGCUGUGUGUGCUUCAUGAAAAGUCUGAGACGACUAGACCUGUGGGGUCAUGCAAAGAGCUUAAGGAAGAAGAUUUUACUGGAAAAGAAUUGGGAGAGUUUUGUUCGGAAGUUAAUUCCCUUCGAGGGAAGUUGCAAGGUAAAGGCACCGGUUUUCAACUGUUGGAGAGUGAGUACUGCGAGAAGACUAAACUGAGCGAAGCAACAGAAUGUCAAAUCCAGAAACAAAUGCAAGUGACUGAAGAGCCACUGGCAAAAAUGUCAGCUGCAAAUGAGUUGAAACAACAAGAGCAAAGAACUGUAGCAGAAGAGAAGUCCAGAGAGCGCCUUCAAAGAAAGUUACAGGCAGCUCUAAUAUCACGUAAAGAAGCCCUGAGAGAAAAUAAGUGUCUGAAAGAGCAGAUUGAUAAGCUGGUGUUGGAAAAAGAAGAACUGGUGAACAAGACGGGGAUGCUUGAACACUUGUUAGAGGUUGGUAGAGAAAACCAAAGUUCAAGCACCGGUACUCCUUUGUCUCAAGAGGAGAGCCUUGUUUCUGAAAACGCCAGACUGCUGACUGAAAAUGAAAACCUCACCGCAGCAUGUGAAAGUCUGAAAUCCACCAUGGAGACUAUAGUUCAGGAAAAAGAGGCUUUUUCUUUCCAAUUAAAUAGCUUAAAAGAUUCUCAGACAGUUGAAUUAACAGGAUGGAAGGCUAAACAUAGCGAAUUAAAGCAGGAGUAUGAAUCACUUCUUCAGGCGUAUGAGAAUAUCAGUAAUAAAAUAGCAGAUAUGAGGCAAGUUAUUGAUCUCAGUAGAAAAGAGAAGCAAGAGGCUAUUCAGAGACUCAGGGCAGGAGAAUCUGAGAAAGAGGCUCUUGAGAAGCGUUUACAAGAACUCAGCGGUGAAAAUGAGGUUAUUAAGAAUCAACUGAAACAACUCAGUGAAUCCAAGAAGAUGGAAGUCGACGAACUACAGAGUAAAGCAGAAAGGCAGAUACGUGAGCAAGAGGCAAGGAUGCGGGAACACCAGGAUCGUCUUCAUGAACUAACUGAACAGAAUCACCAGCUGAUGGAGGAAAACGAGCAGCUGAAACAAACUUCUGAAAGUUUAAAGCAGGCUUUAGAGAAAAUACAGAAUGAAAAUGAUAUCCUUCAUAACAACAUCACGGUGACGAAAGCAGCUUUGGGAGAGCUCCAAGUUCAAAUGGAAGUGUACCAAAAUGAUAUGCAGUCCAAAAUCAGGGAUGCAUUGCACGAGAAUGAAUUGUUGUUGAAGGACUUUAAUGUGUUAAAGGAUAAACUGUCUGAAAAAGAACAAGAUCUUGACAUGGAAUGUAAAAGUCUCACGCAAGAAAUUGUUAGUCUAAAUGAAAAAGUUAAGAUUUUAGAGGAUGAUAAGUGUCUGUUACAGGAAGAGUUAGAAAAUGCACAAGAAAGUUCAUACAAGGUAAAGAAUGAGAGAGAAUUUCUUGAGACAGAAUUGCUUAAUCACGUUAAAAAAGUUGAUCAUCUUACUGAUAGAAUGAAAUUAGCACAGGUACAGAAUAACUUGCUGUUGCAGCAACUGGAAGAAUUAAAGGCCGAAAAAGGUAACGUGAUUAGAGAAAAAGAGGAACAGCAGUUACACCUUGUAAAAAUAUUUGAGGAGAAGGUGAAAAGCGCUCAGAGGGAUAAUAAUGGAAAUAAAAACAAAACAAAAGAACUGCAAGAACUCCUAAAGGAGAAACAGCAGGAGAUCAACCAUUUGCAGAAGGAUUCUAUAAGGUUCCAGGAGCUGAUCCUGGAUUUGGAAAGAUCUGUGAAACUGUCCCAGUCAAAAAACGAAAAAUUGGAAAAGGACUUGAGUAAUAUGUCAGAAAAGCUUGUGAAGUCCAAUGAAGAAAUACGUCAUCUCAAGGGAAAGCUUUCUGCACAGAUCAACUUGUUGGAUCAGUCAAAGCAUGACGUGGAGAGGCUUACAGAUGAGAAUUUAAACUGCAGAAAAGAACUUAAGAGGAAAGAAGAUGAACUGCAAAUUCAGAAGAGGGAAUACGAGAGACAGCUGGAAUUUAACCUGCAGCAAUUAAAAUUGGCUCACAAGAGAGAAUUUUUGAACUUAGAGGAAAGACGUGGUGCCCUCGAGAGAGAAAAAAACAGGGCAGAUAGUGAGAUUGGUGGCUUGCGAGAGGAAGUGAGUGUUAAGGACUCUCAAAACAAGAAACUUCAAGCAGAACUGAAUGCGACUCUGGCACGAUUAGCUGCUUUUACAAAGUGUAUGUCCUCUCUUCAGGAUGACCGGGACAGGGUAAUCACUGAAAUGAAAACCUGGGAAAUGCAAUUCAAAGAGGCCAUCCAAAAUAAAGAGAAACAGAUAGAAGAUAGUAAUAAAAGAAUAGUGUCUUUACAGGAUGAAUUGAAAGAAAAAAUUACUCAGAUUCAAGAGCUGAAUAUCAAAUAUUCUGGGGUAGAGGAAACAAAGGAUGAGCUGUAUUUGAGGCAAAAGUCUGUUGAUACGCAACGCUAUGAAGAGCUCUGCAGAAUAAAAGAAGAAAAUACCUUUUUUUUUAACAGGCAGCAAGAACUGGAGAGUGUUCUUCAGUCCAAAGAAGCAGCUUUGCAAGCACUCCUUAAAGAAAAUAAUUCUCUUAAUCAUCUUAUAGAGAAUAGUAAAAGUACAGGAAGAGAAAUACAGUCUCUGGAAAGUAGUUUCACAAGGCAGGAACAAGAAUUGCAACAGCUUCUGGCUGAGAAGGAAAAAAUCCAUGCUGAACUGCAAAAGCAGAUUGCCAUUUCUGAGCAAGUGAAAAUCAUGCUAAACAACAAAGACAAAGAAAUUUCCUUGCUCAUUUCUUCAAAAGGUGAUGAAAUCUCUGAGUAUUUGAUUCAGGUACAGACACAACAUGGGAAACAAAUCAAAGAGUAUGAGCUGCAGUUAAGGUCUCUGCAGGUGGAGAGACAACAGUUGGAGGAGUCCUGUCAGAGGAUGGAGAAUGAGUUGAGAAAUCUCCAGAUGAAAGCAGACAAAGCAGGUCAAGAUAAGGCUGCAAUUGCCAGUGAAAUAGAAGCCUUGAAAAAAUCAAUGUCAUCUCUUCAGAACAAUCGGGAUGAUCUUUUUGCUAAAUACAAGGAGCUAGAACAUCUUCACCGAGAUGUCUUGCAUCAGCGGGACAGUCUUCUAGUUGACAGCGCAAGUGAGAACAACGCUUUGAAACAAGAAUUAAGGGUACUUCUCAAUCAGAUAGAUGAUCUGCAUUCUGAAAAUGCAAUGCUGAGUGCACAACUGAUAAAGUAUAGGGAAGAUCUCAACCAAGUUUUGUCUCUGAAAGACCAUCAGCUGAAAGACUUACUUAAGCAGAAAUUAGAUUGUAUUAAAAGCCUCGAACAAGAAAAAUAUGAUCUUCAGAAACAAAUGAAAGAAAUGCAACUUUCCCAUGAACUGCAGAAGGAUACUGCUAUAUCUUUGGAACAUGAAAAUAAAAAAUUAGUGUCUAAAGUAGAUGAUUUAGAAUCUUUAAUUGCAUCAUUAAACAAAGAGAAACUUGUUUCUGAAUCUGGAGAGAAACUGCUAACUAGUGAUAGCAUUCAGAAAAAAGAAGGUGUAUCAAGUGGGCAGAAUGUUAAGGACGCGGAUAAGGAGUACAGUAAGACUCUUUUCACGCUUGAACAUGGAGAUGAUGCUUUUGCAGAGAAGAUGAUCUUACAAGUUCAGUCUCAAAACAGUGAGCUGAGGUCCCAAAACGAGGCCUUUGGGAAAGCAAUGACUGCUCUGCAAAACGAUAGAGAUAGGAUACUGGAGGACUUAAAGGUACUUCAGAGCAAGUACACGUCUGAGCUCAAGACGGAAAGAAGGAAAGGAGAUGAACUUGAAGCUGAAUUGGACAGCUUUAAAUUGCAUCUUGUCCGUAUGCUCAAAGAAAAUUCUCUUCUGAAUGGGGCUGGUUUUGAUGCUGCAGAUAAGAUUACGCUUGGUCAGAUUGCUGCUGAAAUUGAAAAUCUCUGUAAGUCGCUAGUCAGUCGAGAACUGGAGGUUAGCAGGCUCUCAUCUGAGUGUGGGAAUUACGUUCACCAGAUUGAAGCCUUUUCCAAAGCUAUGGCCAGUCUUCAGGAUGACCGAGACCAAUUGCUGCAGGAACUUGGCAGUCAGAAGGCCAAAGAAGGAGCCAGCCUUGCAGCUGUUGAAAUAUCAAAGCUGAAGACCAAGGUUGAUGAUUUGGAGAAGGCAUUGCAUCAGACAAAAGCCUUCCAAGCAGAAACGGAGAGGGAGAUCGCGUCAUACCAGAACGAGCUUGCUGGAUUAAGAAUGGAAAAAACUGUCCUCCUCUCAGAAUCCCAGGCGCUACGAAACCAGUGUCAGAUCACAGUCGCCGAGAAGGACCGGCAGAUCGCCGAACUCCAGAAGCUGCAACAAGACGUGGUUGUUAAGAAAUCGGUCUCUGCUGGCAUCAACUAUCCGAUCAAGGGUUUAGAAACUGCCACCCUCGCUGGGAGUGCGGAUACACCAGAGGAAAUCAAACGUGUCUUAGCUGAGAAGAAUCAGCUUCAGACUGAGCUGCAGCGCUGCCUUCAGGAGAUGCACCAGAAGGACCUGCAUUUCCAGCAGAUGAAUUCCAAGGUUGUGCAGUCGACCGAAGAAAACGCUGUCUUGUCUGACCAGUUGAAGACUCUUUCGCAGACUCUGAGGGAUAACCAGCUUCAUUACAACGACUUGCAAAAUCGGUAUUUACGGCUGGAGAGGGAAUAUCAGACAAUGCGAGUGUCGUCCUUCCAAGGCACUGUUCAGGGCGAAACUAGAGCAGAAGUUCCCCCUGGGGCGCCACAGGAAAGAUCUGCGAUGAUUGUUGAGAUAGACAAUGUGGAGCUAAAUGAACUCAGAAAAAGGCUUGCAGAGACAGAGCAACAGUAUGAUUCGGUGCAGCAGGCUCUCUCCCAGCUGACGGAAACACUUUCAGAAGAGAAGAGGAGGAGAGAAGCUGCAGAAGAAGCUCUUGGACUCUCUGAGGAGCGAAGUAACAGAUUUGAAGUAAGCAGUUACGGGUCUGCACCGAGCGAAUACACUGUUCAGAUGGAAACUGAGGAGGAAAGGGAAGCCUUAAUCAUCAAUCCUAGCGAACACGUCGUUGUGCGAAAAAUGAAAGGAGGAGCCCUUUCCUUCCGCAGGUGGCUUCGAGGACGAAGUCUUUACUGUUCUAAGCUGCUGACCUCCAGAGCGAAAUCCCGCUAUUUAUUCCUCACGUACCUGGUUACACUACAUCUGGUGGUUUUACUGUGCCUCACUGGUGUUCUCUGACUACGCUGCGUUUUGCUGGGGGACUGAUUUCCCCGUAGGUAAUGGUGUGCCAAUCCAAGGUGAUGGACUUUUCACAUGCUGCUGGUAAAAGCUAUGCACUGGACACAGUUGUAUAUAUUCUCGUUACAGUUACAUGAAUCUUGAGCUUCUUCCAAGAAAUUUGUCUAUAUCACAGUUGCUCCAAAGUUUGACUUGAAUUGCUCUAGAACAGUGGAAUAUUAUAUUUGCUAAGGAGAAAAUAUUCCCCUCUGCCCUAUAAAGAAACUGCUGCAUACAAGUUAUUUAACGUUGUUUGUGGGUACGUAAUGACUGGUUACUACUGAAUGGGUUGUAAAUUAUAUCUUUUCUAUAUAAACUUUAUUUUAAGAGUUAAACUAUAAAUUUUAAAGGAAUAUUCAGCUAUUACUGUUUAUUGGCUUCUUGAUUAUAACAAGAAGUUUUAUAGAGUGCAAUAAAGGAAGAACUACUG